CAACGACCUCUCGCCAUCAUCAGCACAGUGAGCAAGCUCAAGUCCCAGACAGGGCAGCAGGCCGCAUGAGCAGGCAUGCAGAGAUUGCCAAGAAGCAGCUCGACCAGGCAGGCAAGCUCGAUAAGGAGCUCAAGGCAAAGCUCAAGCUAGAGCCGCCAUAUGCCACACAAGUGAUUGCUGUGCGGCGUGAACUGCGCAAGGCCUAUGAAGAUGUCCUCUUUCUGGACUUUCGCUAUGCUCAGGAGCGCGAUGUAGAAACUGCUCUCUGGAUGAAGGCUCAUCAUCGCUCUAUUGAGGCAUUCCGCUCGCACAUUAGUAAGCUCUCUGCGACUGCUGAAGGCAAGAAGCCUGUCGAACUCCGCAAGCUCGUGGGGCACUUUAUUGAUUUUCUCAAGGAAUCAAGCAAGUACUAUCGCGCACUCGUUGCUCGCCUUAUAUCGCACUUUGGCGUCACUGAACUGCACCAUGUGCUCCGUAUGCUCGACAUGGAGAUUCCCAAGCAGCAAGUCAAGUGCUCAGCCGAUAUGCGUGAGAGCAUUACAAAAUCGUGUCAUACAAUUUUUGUCUACCUGGGAGACUUGUCUCGCUACAGAGAGCUGCAAAGUGUCUCGAAGAACGGCGAGAAGAAUUGGGGCCCGGCGCUGGGAUACUACCAGUUUGCUCGCCGCUUACUGCCCACUGCUGGCACACCCAUGAAUCAGCUUGCUGUCGUGACCAUUCAGACAGGCGAUACAUUUGCAUCGAGCUACUACUUUCUGCGAGCCUCUUGCGCCGCUGAACCAUUCGCGACUGCUCAAGAGAAUCUGGCGCUUGGCUUCAAGAAAGUACUCAAGCGUCCUGCUGCACCGGAUGCUCCAGUCGCAGAUAGAUUUAUGCGCUUGCUCGCCCAGUCUUUCGGGGAAGCCGGGAUGGAGACAGCUGAUCCGCUAGUGCAGCUGCAGCACGCGAUUAAUGAGCGCAGUAUUGCGUGCGACACACUCACACGUUUGGUUUGCUCCAUCAUUGCUGUGCAUCAUCUCAAGCCGGAGCCAGCAAAUCUGCAGCUACUGUUGGACACGCUCAAGGUGCUGUUGGAUGUGCUCUGCGAGCAGAUGAAUGUCAUGGCAGACACAGGCGGCGAACUUGCUACACGCGUUUCUGCCGUCGUACGGCGCAUGCUCCCCGCACUACGGCUCUUGUCACGCUGGCUAUCGCUCAACCUCAAGCUGGGCCGACCCCUUUGGAACAAGUACAUCCACGCCAUGACGCUCUGCGGUAGCAAGUUUCCUCGUCAUCUACUCCCAGCCAUUCAGCCCUUGGCAGAAGAUAUCGACAUGCGAGGCUUUUCGCCCCUUGACGGUGGUCUUCGAGCAUCUGCCAUGACGGACGUGGAAGUCACUGAAAAUGAAGUACCUUUGCGUUUAUCCGCAUUUCUCUCGGAUGCGGCAGACAAUGCUGCAGCCAUCCACUUUGAGCUUGCCAAGAAUACAAAGCGCACAGCACGCGACCCCAACCUCGUGGCUAUGCAUCAAAUGGUGGAUGAGCUCGUUACUUGAUCUGCGACUACUAUAUGCGAAUCUCGUAACUACCGUUCUUGGUCAGGUACCGGACCCACUUGACGCUCGAGUAAUUGGACUUUUCAUAUACUUUGAGGUAACGCACGAGCAUCCCGGAGCUCGUAAACAUGAGGAGGGAAAAUUGCAUCGAGAUGGGCGGCCGAGACCAGCUCCGCUGCGUUGUCAACGGCGUCAGAUCGGCUUCCGCACUCAAUACGUACUCCGACUGACCGGCAAAUUUAGGUAUU